GAGGCGGGGCGGGCGGGAUGAGGCCGCUUUCUCUGCGCCGAGCGGGCGGCCGGCCGGAGCGCGGAGGGAUACGGCGCGCGGCGGCGGGAGGCGGGGCCGCGCGGGCGGCGGGAGCCGGGAAGUGGCCGAGCGGAGUGGCGCAGCGCGGAGCGGAGCGGGCAGAGCGCCCCCGGGCAGCGCGGCCCCGGCGGGGGGCGGGCGGCACCGCGACCCUCCUCCUUCUCCGCCGCCGCCUCCUUCUCCUCCUCCUGCUGCCGUUGCUGCUGCCCGCGAGGCCUCGGGGCGCCGCCGCCAGAGCGAUCGUGGCGCCUCGAUUCGCCGCCCGGCCGCGGACGCGCCGUGAGGAAAGCACAGUUAUGUACGGCACCAACCUACACGACGAGGAAGAGGGGAUUUGUAACAGUUCAAGAGUCUGAAAGCAGAUGAAAACCGCCGUGGAUACACUGAGCUUCCCCGUUCGGCAGCGCCUCGUAACUUUCCUUGGUGCGCUUCAAAAUACAGCCACAGAAUCAAAAUGUUUUGAUGCUGAAAUAAAGGUUUUGUCUUUUAUUGAAUGUUUUAGAGCGCCUCCCAAAAUGGAAUCCAUUCCCUGGCUCAGGCCCGACCAGCAGCAGUACUACAGACAGCACUUAAUGAGAGCUCUCACAAACGCACACCCCGCUUCUCCUUACUGCUGAGAUCUGAUUUUUUCCUUGCUUAUCUGUGGCUUAACACGAAGCCCCGCUGGCCACAAGAGAAGAUGCGGGGUUGUUGCUGUUUGGUGAGACGUGCUCAAGCCGGUUGUAAGAAUUCCUGCAGCAGCAAUAAAUGCUCCAUUAAUUUGGGGGGAAUUCAGGGCAUUUUUAUUUUUUUGCCUGUUGCAAUUCAGCAGAGGAUGUUUUUGUUACAUGGAGAAAAAUACACCCAGCUCAGAUUUUUAUAGUCCGUAGUGCUGUGCUUUCAAAUAAUUCCCCCUCUUCCGUGUGAUUUGUCACCUUGCAUUAUCCUUAAGUACAAACGCAUCGCUGCUGUUUCAUCACUGAGAUUUAAUGUUUUUUAUGAGACGUUUUCACUCUGAAAAAAAACCAUAAAUCUCUAUUUAAGGGAAGAAAAAAGGAAUUAUUUUCUUUCUUUGGGUAUAAUAACCAUUUGAGUAAAAAAACGAAAAUCUCAGAUUACUUUAAUCUGGUAAUUUGGUUGUUCUAACGCCGGUAGCACUGCGUAUUCUUUUUGCAGAUACGAAGGGUCUCACAGCACUUUGUGACUUUCAGAUGGGAAUGCUCGUGUGCGUUCACUGAAAUCAUGUUGUUAAUAGAAAGAUUACUAGAAUUUGCUGCUAAUAAAGCUGAGACAUAGAACUGAGUCAAUUA